UUGUGCCUAGCAGACGACAGGACACGACGGACGGCAACGACAUGUCGAAGUGUUUUUGUUGACUGAUGAAAAGUGUUCAUCUAAAUUUAUCGUGUUGCGCGCAUGAAAUGAAAUGCGAGUGACAAAUCGUGCUCAUCUCACCACAGCAUAGGUCUUAUCCUAUUAAUAGACUAGAUGAGCUCUAUUUUCGGCGGGACCGCUGCUUGCAAAUAGUCGGUUGAGAGAAGCAGGGUACCCGCAACGUCUCUGUCUCCUCAACGACUUCGCUUAGUUUCGUUUCAAGAAUGAAAACAAAAAGUGACUUUGCCGUCCUUGCAGGGUCCACCCUCCUAACAGAGAAACCAUUUGUCCAUGUUUUAAAAUCAAAGCUGCAAGGAGAACGCUGUGAUCACUGUUUUGAAAGACCUGAGCGUUUCCCACUGUGCCCCAGACUCCCUUGGGACUCUGAAGAUUCUGAUGAUGAAUGGUGGGAUGUGGAUACCUUAUGGGCCGAAACAAAACUAUCUCAGUGUUCAGGCUGCAAGUAUGUUUACUACUGUGGAAGAGAAUGCCAGAAAGCCUCUUGGCCAAUACACAAAAAGGAGUGCCCAAAUUUGCGAAGAGUUGCUCCACGUGUUGUUCCCGAUGCAGCUCGGCUCCUGGCCAGAAUAAUAUUCAAACUACAGAACGGUGGCGAUAAAGAGAGGAGUUUCUACUCAAAAACAGGAUUUAGGAUGUUUAAAGAUCUGAUGUCUCAUUACUCGGACAUAAAAAAGGACUCAAAAAGAAUGGAACAUUUUACAUCACUUUGCGCUGUGCUCAUGGAGUAUAUUGGUGAAAGUUCACUUCCCAAUUCUGCUGAACUCUUGGGAAUUUAUGGGAGGAUGGUUGUCAAUGGUUUUAAUAUACUAGAUCCAGAGAUGGUAAGCAUUGGUACAGGUCUUUACAUUGGUGUAUCUAUUAUUGAUCAUUCCUGUGAUCCAACUUCAGUGGCUGUUUUUACUGGCACUACAAUUCAUAUCAGGGCCCUGCAAAGUAUGCCACAAAUGGAUUGGAGCAAAGUUUUUAUUACCUAUGUUGAUCUGUUGAAUUCGGCAAGAGAGCGGCAAGAAGAUUUGCAAGCAACAUAUUAUUUUCUUUGUCAAUGUACCCGCUGUUUGGAUCGCAAUGAAUUGGAACUCCAGAAAUCCAUGCUAUGCCCCAACAAUAAAUGUGGAGCAUCAGUUCCUAUCUUUCAAACGGAAACAUACGGAAAACUGUGCAGCAAAUGCAAUGAACACAUUAAACCAGCUCGUAUCAAUGAGUACCUUGAUAUAAUUGACUUCACCCAACAUCAUUUACAAUCAAUGAAAGAUGUUGAUAUUGCAUAUUUGGAUGUUUGUAAAGUAUGUUUGAAAAAACAGGAUGGUCUAGUCCACCCAAUGAAUUUACAGCGAAUCAAAGCUCUAGAUACAGCUUUUGAAAGUGCUAUUGAUGUUGGUUCUUGGGAAGAUGCAAAAAAGCUUGGUGAGGAAGUGGAACCUGGCUAUCGGCAAUACUAUGGCAUCACUCACCCUUUAUUAGGAAUUCUAUACCUAAAGCUGGGGAAACUCAACCUCUACCUGCAAUGUGUGGAGGCAGCAUUAGACUGGUUGUUAAAGGCUCAGGAUAUCUUGAGGAUAACUCAUGGUGAGCGCCACCCCUUGUACAGAAAUGAUGUCAUGCCUCUUAUAGCUCAAGCAAGACAAGAACUCAGGCAGUGAGUCUUAGGAGGAAGUGACGCUGAACCCAAGUCAAUGAAAAUUAAUUUACUUCUAGUGUUUUGGGGAAUUUAAAAUUUGUUAGAGCUUCUGGACUGUGAUAGCAUUAUUAAGGGUUUUUCUACAGGAAAAAAAACAAAAACAUAUUGAGGCCUUUAAAAAAGAAAUAAAAAAAAUUAUGCACAAGUAAAGUUUUCAGUUCUCUUAGUUAUAUUUUUUUGAGUCGUGGACUUUUGUUAAUUUUUUAGAUUCUCCGGAAGCUUUGCAUUUGAUUUCUUGUUAGAAUGAGAUAAAUGAAAUACUAAUUCCUGCAUUCCAUUGUAUGCGAUAACUGCUUUGUCUAGUGCAUAAUGAGGUUUACUUUAUUAAAAUACAGUACCAUUAGUAGCGGUUCCGAAGAAAUGUUCUCCAUACUCAACUCAAGCUGACAAUAGAAACAAUAUCAUACCUUAUUAAGUGUGGUUGUCUUAUCACUACUUAUUCAUUGGCUCAGCAUAACCCAGUAUUAAAAAAAAAUCUCUGAAAUUAUUAUUUUAUCUCCUUAUAAAUAAUAUGUUGAUAUGUUUAAUUCAAAAGUCCAACUGAAAACAAUAAAAAUAAAGAUCAAAGUG